ACAUUUCACCAGUUCAACAUCGACAUCCGAAAUGUCUGGAUCGUUUGUUUUAACUACAUUUUUUAGAAGGAUUUUCUGAACUGAAUUGUUUCACAGGCAAAAGAAAUUAUGCAGCAUGUAGUCCUUUUUCUCCUCGGAGCUCAUCUUGUCUCUGCUAGAAAACACUCUUUGAGAUAUUUCUACACUGCUGUGUCUGGAGUCAAUGACUUCCCAGAGUUCACUUCAGUAGGUCUGCUUAAUGAUGAGCAGUUUAUGUAUUUUGACAGCAAGACAAAGGAAGCUGUGCCGAAGACAGAGUGGAUGAGACAGAAUGAAGGAGCAGAUUACUGGGACAGACAGACACAGACUUGUAUUGGCAACCAUCAGGUCUACAAAAACAACAUCUGGAUCCUAAAGGAACGCUUCAACCAGACAACAGGUGUGCACACUUUCCAGGUGAUGUACGGCUGUGAUUGGGAUGAUCAGACUGGAGUAACAAAUGGGUUCCAGCAGGAUGGUUAUGAUGGAGAGGACUUUCUGUCUCUGGUUCUGAAGGAGAUGAGAUAUAUUACUCCAGUGCCACAAGGAAUCCCCACCAUACACAAGUGGAACUAUGACAGAGGCUUUAUUGAGAGAGACAAACAUUACUUCAACACCAUGUGCAUCGAGUGGUUGAAGAAGUAUGUGCAGUAUGGAAAGAGCAGCCUGAAGAAAACAGUCUCUCCUCAGGUGUCUCUGCUGCAGAGGUCUUCCUCGUCUCCAGUCAAGUGUCAUGCUACAGGUUUUUACCCCAAAGAAGUAACAAUCUCCUGGAUGAAGAAUGACCAAGAUCAUGAUAAGAAUGUGGAUUUUGGUGAACUUCUUCCUAAUGAGGACGGGAGCUUUCAGAAGACGAGCACCAUCAGAGUUACCCCUGAAGAGUGGAAGAACAACAAGUUCAGUUGUGUGGUGGAGCACCAGGGUGAAACCAUUAGAGUGAAUGAGAUCAGGACUAACAGUGGAGAUUCUCUUCCAAUCGGCAUCAUCAUUGGUGUUGUUGUUGCUGUCCUCCUGUUGUUUGUGAUUGGUGUUGCUGGGUUUAUGGUGUAUCAGAAAAAGAAAGGCUUCAAACCUGUCAAUGCACCUGAUGAUGGUUCAAUUCAUUCAGUUCGUUCAGUUCAUUCACGUGAUUCAAGUGAUUCAGUUCAUUCAGAACAUUCAGAUGAUUCGCUCAUUAAAACAUAAAAAGAUGUGACGAGAUGAGUGCGUGAGAUGAAGUUUAAAAAGAUGUCUAUUCUGCUGUCCAUCUUGCUCACAACACAAACACACACUUCCUCUCACACACCGGUUAAGAUACUUCAGUGUUAGGAUUGAUUAUAUUAUAUUAUAUUAUGUUGUAUUAUAUUAUUACACGCCUCUGUGGAAUACAUGAUUCUGAUUGGUCAGCAGUGACAUUCUGAGGUAUGUUAUCCCUGGAUAAUACAGUCUAUGAUAACAGCCUGUAAAAUAUGAUAACACAGGCUCAUCCAGGUAACAGCAGUCGUCUCUCCGCUCUUGCUUGAACUAUAUUUUUUUCUUGGUGGAAGCUUUGUGUUUGUUUAGCUUAUAAAAUAGUGUACAAUUGUUUAAAAAUGUCAUCCCGGUAACGUGGAUUCACUCUCGUUUCAUACACACCCAGCUGUUGCCAUUUUGCUACGAUUGUUUUGUACGCUGUAAUGGAUUAUAAGAGAACUAACAAACUUGUAGGGUUUUAAAACUUUUUCAUCUUAAUUAUUUUAUUGCUUUAAUUAUUUUCUGGUGAGAUGUUGUGUAUUUCGUGGUUUGCCGGCACCUUUUCCCUUAAAUCUCUGUUUAGUUUGAAUUUGCCGUUUACUCGCAACUGCUGUCUUCACGGAAGCUUUGCGCUCAAAUAUUUCGAGACAAAUCAAUAUUUUGGAUCUAAUUAUUUAUUAUGUAGCAAACAGCCGUGUAAUAAGCGGGAUAAUGUACAUCCAACCGAUUGUUCUCGCAGGAUAAAAAUGAUCAGGACCCCGACUUGAAAUAUCCCAAUGUAAAAAGAGCAGAGUUGUGACACAGAGUCUUUGAGGAAUCAAAAGUACACCGUUCAUGAAAGCAAAGAGGCUUUACAACUAAUGUAAAUCAAUAAUUACAUUACUGAGUUCUUGUAGUAUUCUGUUUUGACACACGGCUUCCGACAAGAGAGAAUUGUUGAACUGGGAAGUUGUAAUAUGGAGGCUUCAUAUUUUAUUUCUUGGAUGGGAUUUUUGGGCUUUUUCUGUUUAUUUACUUUUUUUUUGUUUCACAUAAUUUAGAUAAGCUGUAUAAUACUGAUACAUAUUGAUUCUUGUAAUGAUUACAUCUGUACAGUACAGUAAAUAUAGAUAUUUUCCAUUAUUUGAGGUUUAAAUCGAAAUUGU